AUGGCCAAGUGGUUUAAGGAUUACUUGAGUUUUGGGAGCAGGAGGUCUCCCCCACAGCCCCCCAAACCAGAUUACACCGAAAGUGAGAUCUUGAAAGCCUACCGAGCUCAGAAGAGCUUGGAUUUUGAGGAUCCCUACGAAGAUGGCAACGGGAAGCCUGAUCCGGACUCAGAAGGGUCCCCAAACAAAGGGGUUGCUGCCACUGCUGCUGCUGCAGGAGUCAGUUUGGAAGGGAAGUAUGGCUCCCCCAAGCACAGGCUCAUCAAAGUGGAAGCUUCUGACCUGAACAGGAGCAAAGCCCUCCUGGCGGCUGAGGAGGUGACGACCCAGCCAGAUCAGGUAUGUGAAACACAAGGCCCCUUUUGCAAGCAACCCCCAGGAUCUGUGCCGUUUUGCAGCACGGUUCUUAAAUGCAAUCUUGCACAUCCUAAUUUUUGCAAGUCUCUCUCCCUCCCCUCCCCCACCCCGCAAAAUACUAAGUUUCUAGUCCUCAUAACUACGGAACUGAUUUGGUGUAAGAAAUGGUGUGUUUCUGGGAAUGCCAAAGGGUGGACUGAAAUCUACAAAGUUAACUUUUCCAAUUCAAAGGGUGGCUUUGAAGCAUUCAUUCAAACACAGACAAGUAAUCUUACUUGGUUACCAGGCAUUUGAUGACUGGCACUUAACUGUUUCAGGUAUGGAAGCCUUUUUAUACUGCCUUCCUUGCAGUUCUCCAAGGUGGUGGUCAAUAAAAAAAACACGCCCCAUAAAAACCUGGGAACUGUAGUUUACCCCAAGCUACAAUUCCCAGCACCCUUAACCAGUGUAAAAAACCUCAGAUAUAUAAGCUAGGUUUCAGUAAGCAAAAUCGAACGUCUAGUUGCCAUUUGGGGGCAAGACGACUCUAAAAUCUUAUUUUUCAAAUGAUGGACUGACUGUGAUUGAUUCUCAGUUAAACAUCUGGCUAGUGCAGAUGACAACCUUGAGGUAGGAUAAGAGCUUUGAGAACUUUGAAAAGAAAACUCACUUUAUCCAGUCCACAUAUCUAUUGACCUCUUUUUCUUAAUGGUGACACGGACCAUUCAUAACGCAGGAAUAGGCUUCACACCUCUGAGCUGGGCGGGGGGCGGGGGAGCGAAGACAAGUGACAACAAUUCACUAUAACUUUGUUCCCUGCUCCUGCUCAGGCUGCACAGAAAAAGCAUUUUGGUUCCUGAAAUUCAUUCCGAUUGUGCAAAUAAAAUAUAAUGGAUAGAAUUCUACAGGAUGGGGUUCUAGUGUGUGAAAACAGUCCCGAUCCAGGGAUCCCCAGAUGGGGGAGGGGUCAGGCGCCAUCCUGGCACCUGGCCAUCUUCACGUGGUCAGAAGUGGUUGAAAGCCAGGUGCAAAAUGCACCUGGCGCCUGGCUAAUUUCAAACACUGCUAAACUAUAGUUUCCAGGAUCCUUGGGUUGUCUGUGUGCAAAGCAUCAGUAAAAAUCUACUGGACAAUAAAAUAUGCAGUGGUGACCCAGGGCAAAUUAAUGGCGGAUCCUUGUAUACAUGUACAAGUCAACUUAUUUUUAAAACAACAAAAAAAAGUAUUUUAGGAGAUGUGAAAAAGUUAAGUCUGUGAAAUUUGAUCCACAGCAGGUUAUUUAGACGUGCAGGUCAACAACGCAGAUGCUCUGGUCAUCAAGAGCUGAGGCAGCCAAUCUUAGGAUGAGCUGUUAUGCUGGUGACUUGUUUAUGAUUCUAGUCCUCAAGAAAAGCUUGAACUGAAAAGGUGGCGUAGCAUCGCAGCUGCAAAUCAGGAGGAGCUGGGUUCAAAUCUUGCUUCUGCCAGGUGCUGUGCUGAUCCGCGGUUUAUAGCAAAGACAUGUGAACCUUGAAUAGACCACUUUCUGCCAGUCUGGAACCUCUUGCAUGCAAAGUGUGCCAUUGAGUGAUGGCCCUUCCCCUGAAAGUAAGAUCCUAGUCCUCAUUAAACCCAGGGUUGAUUUAAACAGGAGCAGAGGAAGCUGGCUUAUGCCAUUGCUUCAAGCGUUCUCUGCAAGCUCUGGGCCUUCACAGGAAGCUGCAAUUCCUAGCAUCCCUUUUGGCUUUGAAGCCAUAAAAAGUUCUGUAGGUUUGCAGCUGAUUCAAGGCUGAGGCGUAAGUGCGUGAUAAAAAAUCCUGCCAUUAUCUAGAAGAAAAGUAGCCUCAGUUUGAAACAGGUGGGCCAUUUUCCUUUUUGGUUUUUACUUUUUGGAAUAGGAAAGAUAUCUUAAUGAUUCAGCAGGAGGGAAUAUGCCAUUUCCUUGGGAGACCUUCCUAACUGUGGUUCAAGUGCAGCCAAAACACUACUGCUGCCAGAUGAUGCCUCUUAGAAUCAUAGAAAAGGGUCAUCUUGGACAGAUGGUCAUCUAAGCUCUGCUUUAAAACCUCCAGCAAAGAAAAGUCCACUACCUUCUGACGGUGUCUGUCAACUGUCAAAUGGCUCUUACCAGCAGGAAAUUCUUCCUAAUGUUGAGUUGGAAUCUCUUUCUUCAUCAUUUGAAUCCAUGGGUUUGCAUCCUCCCCCCCCCCAAAGAAAAAUUGCUCCAUCUUCUAUGCCAGGGGUUGGCAUUUUUUUUCAGCAGGGGGCCGGUCCACUGUCCCUCAGACCUUGUGGGGGGCCGGACUGUUUUUUUUUUGGGGGGGGGAAAUGAACGAGGGACAACGAGCGGCAUGCGAAGGGGCUCCUGAGAGGGGCUGCUUUAAAUGGUGGCGGCUCGAGAGGGGCGCUCAGCCAGCCACGGCUCCUGUGUCUUGCGAGCAGCAGGGACUGGCGGCAGUGGCAGAGGAGGGAGGAUGAGUGGCGUGCAAAAGGGCUCUGGAGAGGGGCUGGCACCAACAAAGCCCAGCCCCCUUCCUCCUCUAGGCAGGGCAGGGAGAAGCCAGGAGGAGGGAGGGAAGAGGCGCCGCCACGGGGGGGGGGGUGUGGGGGGGGGGAAUGGCACAGCCCGAAUGAUCAGAAUCCGCUUCAUGCCGAUCCAUGCAGCGAUUCCUGGACCGCCUGCGAGCCGGAUCCAGGAGGCAAUUGGGCCAGAUCUGGCCCCCGGGCCUUAGUUUGCUGACCCAUGUUCAGAUACUUGAAGAUGGCUCACAUGUCACCUCUCAGUUUUCUCUUCCCCAUGGCUAAACUUCUAUCAAGUCCCCUCUUACUUGCCUUUUCUCAUAAAUGAAUGACUGAAUGGAGACUGAAAGGCCACAAAUGGUCUCUUUCUGUUUCCCCCUUGUCACAUGCAGCUGAUGAGAGAGUUCCCUCAGCAAGGCUAUAUGCCAGAUUUUAUCAUAUCAGUCUUUCAGAUCCAUAUAUAUUAUUUAUUUUGUUGUUUAUUUGUCACAUUUGUGUCCCUCUCUCCUCCCUCCUAGGAGCUUAAGAUGGCGGAAAUGGCUCUCUUCCUAUCCGCAUAACAACCCUAGACUGGGAGACUGAGAAAUUUGGACUGUGGCCCAAAGUCGGCCAUAUGACCAAGUUAGGGGAUUUGAACCCAGGUCUCUCCCAGCCGAGCCAGCUCUCUAGCCACUCCUCCCAGCUGGCUCUGUGUGAGAUCCUUCCAGAACUCUGCUGGUGCUGCUGGCAUGCAAUGAGCUUCCUUGCCAGAAAUGCAACGAGGUGCACUUUUUCCUGGUGAAGUCUGAGGCGAUGCUCUUGACCACGUCCAGUAAUCCCAGGAGAGCUGUGUGCAUGGCAAUGUGCGAGGCAGGGAAAACAGACAAUUAAAGCAAAGUUCUGGUUUCUCUCUCUCUUUUCUGCCAAGUGAACAUUUUCAGCUAAGCUGGUGUGGGUUUUUUCUUUCUCUUUUUGAACAGCAGUGAUUCACAGGAGGUGCUAAUUGCCCUGGAGGGAUUCCCUUCACCCCUCUUUAUAUCUCUCAGAUAGGCAGAGGCAGGUGUUUGACAAAUAAUUUUGCACCCUAGGAAGAAGAUCACAGGCUCCUCUUUGUACCUUUCCCCUGUGGACUUUGUGUCCUCAUUAGCCUCACUGUCUGCAGCUAAUUAAAUUUGACUCAGAGUAGACCCAUCUAAAGGGCUGUCACAUGGAAGAUGGAGCAAGCUUAUUUUCUGCUGCUCCAGAGGCUGGGACCCGAACUAAGAGAUUCAAAGGACAGGACAGGAGAUUCUGAGCGACCAUUCAGAAGGACUUCCUGAUGGUGACAGCCGCCUGACAGUGGAACAGACAACCUUCAAAGGUGGUGGACUCUCCUUUGUUGGAGGUUUUCAGGCAGAGGUUGGGUGGCCAUCCGUCAUGGAUGCUUCCGUUGACAUUCCUGCCUUGUGGGGGUUGGAGUAGAGGACUCUCAGGGCACCUUCCAGUUCUAUAUGUCUAUGAUUCCAUGAGGAGGAAGCACACAAGCAAAUUAUUAUCGUUAUUUGUAUACAGUCCUAUACAGUCAUACCUCGGGUUACAGACGCUUCAGGUUGUGCAUUUUCGGGUUGCGCACCGUGCUGAACCUGGAAGUACCAGAACAGGUUACUUCCAGGUUUUGGUCUCGCGCAUGCGCAGAAGUACUAAAUCGCGCUAUGCACAGAAGCGCUGAAUCACGACCCUUGACUGCGGGUUGCGAACAUGCCUCCCACACGGAUUAUGUUCUCAACCUGAGCGUCCACUGUACCUGCAGAUCUCAGGGUGGUCCACAACAUAAAAUUACAAUGUGAAAAACACAAAGUAUAUAAGGAAAAUAUGAAGCAAAACAAACCAAUAAUUUCCCCUUCCACAUCACAUUCAAAAGGGCAUCGGUUGUCAAUCAGCCAAAGGCGAACCUCCUUGGGGAGAUCAUUCCACAAAUGGGGAGCCAUUGUGGAAAAGGCCCUGUUCUCUCCAGACAAUUUGUGGAGGAGGCACAUGGAAAAGGGUCUCGGAGUAUGAUGGCAGGGUCAGUUCAUAUGGGGAGAAGCGGUUCUUGAGGUUCAAACCAGCACUUCGAAUUGGGCCCGGAAACUAAUUGGCAGCCAGCGCAGUUGGGCCAGCGCAGGAAAAGAACUGGGCUGGGUUCCAGAGGAGGAGAGGGUUGCAAAGUGUGUGUAGACCUUCCUCCAUGACGCCACCAGCAGUCUCCCCAGAGUCCCAGGUUUUGGCCCUGAAAUCUCAGGGUCCUGGAUGCUCCUGACCUGGCGAUUCGAGUGGUCACUGAGGAAAGAAAAUCUGCAACAUGGUCCAAAAGAGAGAAGCGUGAGUUUGCAAGGCCUUCUCUGUCCACGCAGCCUUUCACCUUUUCUAAAAAGGCAUGGAGUAUUCUGCGAAUUCUUACUCUAAGGCAGGGAUGGGGAAACUUGUGGCCUUCCAGAUGUCUGACUUCUUCCUUCCAGGUGUGUUGGGGCUGAUGGGAAUUGGGGCUCAGUCCGCCAACAUCUGGAGAGUCUCCAUACCUGGUCUGCAUCCACACCACAUGUGGAUCCUGGGAACUGUAGUUUACCCCUCCGAGAGCUGCGGUUCCCAGCACCCUUGACAAGCCACAGUUCCAGUAUUCUUUGGGGGAAACAGGUUGUGGAGGUUUUGGGAAACAACACAAAAGCCUGCUGAACCUGUUUCUUCCCCCCCAGAGACAGGAAGUUGGGUAAGUGCCACAAGACCUUACUUUUCCAGUCCUCUAAGGAAGAAAAUCAAUCUAGCACCUUUAGGCUGUGAUCUGCUCUUCUCCCUAUGGCAAUGGCAGCUCCUAUUUUAGAAGCUGUGGCGUAGCAAGGAAAUUAGGACUGCAGCGUUUAGCUGAUUAAUUUAACUGGUUCAAAAUCUAUUGAUCAGUUUUUAAAAGGCGCUCCAAUGAACCUGGCAGCAGUGUUUGUUUUCUAAAACUUCUUUUUAUUGUCUUUUCUAUUUGUAAAUAAUUUUAACACAAAGGCAAUUCACAUAAUCCGGCAGCCCCAAAAGCAAACAUUAUAUAAGAUGAAAUGUGGACAGUAAGAAAAAGAAAAUAAAAGAGCCCAAUACAUUUUGGGGGAAAGGAGGGAGCAAAAUCUACAGCAGAGACAGGAAGGUUAAGUCCUUACAAAUCCAGGGAUGUCGGAUGCCUCGCUCCUUAGGAAAGGGAUCGAAAAUAAAACUGCCAAUAUCGUAAUUCCCUCAAUACAAAUCUGUGGCGCUGCUGCAUUUGGAAUACUGUGUCUUCAGUUCUGGCAUUUGCUCCUCAAAAAAGAGAUUGCAGAGCUGGAAAAGGUUCAGAAAAGGGCGGCCAGAAUGAUUUUUGGGGGGGAGUGACUCCCCAGUGAGAAGAGGGAGCAACACAGGGGCCUUUUUGGUUUGGAAAAGAGGUGAGGAAGGAGGGGCAGAAAGAGGCAGGUAAAAUCAUUCAGGGCAUCAUGAAGGUGAAUAAAGAGGCAUUACUCUCCCUUUCUUAUCCUACUAGCACCCAGUGGGGUCAUGCAGUGAAGUUUCAGGGCACAGACACAGACAGACGGUAGAAUUCUCUUCCGCAGGAUCUAUGCCACCAGCCUGGAUGGCUUUGAAAGGGGCUUAAGACAAAUUCUUGGAGGAGAAAGCUAGUGAUGGACAUGUAGUACCUCUAGUGCCAGGACGCGGAUGACGCUGUGGUCUAAACCACUGAGGCUCAUGGGCUUGCUGAUCGGAAGGUGGGCGGUUCGAAUCCCUGCGAUGGGGUGAGCUCUCCUUGCUCUGCCCCAGCUCCUGCCAACAUAGCAGUUUAAAAGCACGCCAGUGCAAGGAGAUAAAUAGGUACCACUACGGUGGGAAGGUAAACGGCGUUUCCAUGCUCUCUGGCACUCGUCACGGUCUUCCGUGCGCCAGACGCGGUUUGGUCAUGCUGGCCACAUGACCCAGAAAGCUGUCUGUGGACAAAUGGCAGCUCCCUUGGCCUGAAGCGAGAUGAGCGCCGCAACCCCAUAGUCGCCUUUGACUGGACUUAACUGUCCAGGAGUCUUUUACCUUUACCUUUUUACCAGUGUGAUGUAGUGGUUAAGAGCGGUAGUCUCGUGAUCUGGGGAACUGGGUUCGCGUCUCCGCUCCUCCACAUGCAGCUGCUGGGUGACCUUGGGCCAGUCACACUUCUUUGAAGUCUCUCAGCCCCACUCACCUCACAGAGUGUUUGUGGUGGGGCAGGAUGGGAAAGGAGAAUGUUAGCCGCUUUGAGACUCCUGAAGGGGAGUGAUAAAGCGGGAUAUCCAAUCCAAACUCCUCCUCUUCUUCUUCUUCUUCUUCUUCCCUCUAGUGUCAGAGGUCACAUACAUCUCUGAAGACCAGUGGAUGGAGACCAUGAGUGGGAGGGGCUGGGGGUGGGAGAAGGGGACCAGCAGCUACUGGCCAUAGUGACUGAGCUCUCCCUCCGCAGUCAGAAGCAGCAACAGUUCUGAAUCCCAGUGGCUGGAAACUGCAGGAGGGGAGAGCGUUGCUCUCACGCUUCGGUCCUGCAUGAGGACUCUGGCUGGCCCCUGUGAGAACAGGCUGCUGACCAGAUGGGCCAUUGCCCUAACCCAGCAGGCUCUUGUCUUUCUAUGUCCUUACUUGACACUCAUGCUUUGCUUAUGAGUUUCUCAAAGGCCACUGGCAGAAAUGAGGUGCUGCCCUAGACAGGCUCCUCUUCUCUCCCUAGGUAGGGUUACUAGACCUCCAGGGAUGGACAGAAGUCUCCGGGUUGACAGGCCCACUCCUGGUGGCAGGUGCAGGGCCUGAAUUUCCAGGUGGAUGAGAAUGCUUUUUUAAAAAGGUAUCAAGAAGGCUGUGCAUGAUGCUGCAGCUUAUUUCAUAGACCCUUGGGGCGUCCCCUCCCCCUCCCUGCUCCUCUCCUCUCCCAAUUAACCUCCGUCUCCAAGGCUUAGUGGUUGGAGGGCGUGCAGAGGAAGAAAAAAUACCUGGGCUGGGCUCAAAAGGAAGAGAGCAUUAUGGGUGUGCAUUCGUUCCCCAUGUGACAUCACCAGACUCGGGUUUGGGCCCUGAAAUCUCAGAUUCUGGUAUGCUUCUGAAAUGGAAACGCUAUUCUUAGGUUCUUUUAGAAGGCACACGUCACACUUUCCCACUCCCAUGGGAUGGAAGUCCUCUUCCCAGAUGCUGUCUGUUGUGACUCGGGUGUGCAUUGUCUAAAACUAAAGGUCUCCUUCAGAAUAUUGUUUUAUUUAUGCCAUGGUGACCUAAACAAUGACUAAAUCAUUUAACAAUCAUCGGAUGAUGACGAUUCCUGGCAAAUCUCCUUAAGGUCAGUGCGGGACCAAAUCUUUGAACACCUUGCCUGCCUGCCUGCCUGCCAAACGUGUCUUGCCUCUUGAAUAUCGCUUUGGGAAAUGCCAAAGCUCAGUGGCACAGCAUGUGUUUUGCACACAUUCCCCCCCCCCCAUCAACCCCCAUGCAUCAACCCCCCGUCCCAUCUCCAAACGGGGAAUGUCCCUGCCUGAAUCCCUGGAGAGUCGCUGCCGGUGAGCGUAGACGAGACUGAGCAAGACGGACCAAUGGUCUGACUCAGUAUCAGGCAGGAUCUAAUGUUCCUAUGUUUGCUCCGGGGCUCUCACAGGGAGAAGCGAGUGGCAAAGGAUAACCCCUGUCAUUUCGCAGUCCAAACAUUGCACAUCAUGCUCUGUGGCGUGCAUGGAGGGGAUGUUUCCCUUCUCUUCUCCCCACCAUUCUCCCGUCAAUCGAGCACCUUUCUGCGCCACUCAAUUGGCACGCACGAAAGGGUAGGAACAGGGUAAUUGCUUUGAGGAGAGGCUGAGAGCUUAUUUCCAUACGCCUGUCUCAUUUGCUUCCCCGCUGCUUCUCAAAACAUUACCUCUCUGCGGGCUGUUUGAGCGCAUCUAAUGCAGUGGUGGGGACAACAGCAAUUAGGACAAAAGGAGAAGAGUGCAUCAUCGUUGCAGGAGGGGGAGAGGGGGGGCCCUCCAGGGGGAAGGAGAAGGAGAAGGAGAAGGAGCAGCCCUGUUGCUGGAACCUGCAAAAACCGCUCAUCCCAGCAGGGGAGAAAUUAUUCAUCUAUAAAGCCAAACUGGCUGCGCUCAAGGACAUGAGAAGAGCUGUGCUGGAUCAGGCCCAAUGGGUGGCAGCAUUCUGCUCUCACAGUGACCAGUGCGCAAGCAGGAGCUGAGCACAGCAGCCGCUGUCCCCAGUGACUGUGGGGAGAUCCUGCCCAAUGCCAUUUUUGCCACAAGCGUGGCUGUAGGGCAAACCACUCGCCACCAACAGCAGAACACAGGAAGGGCCCAUCUAGCCCAGCAUCCUGUCCUUGCAGUGGCCGACUAGAUGGCUUUGGGGAGCCCGCAAGCAGGACCCGGGUGCAAGAGCACUUGGUGACGGCCCUGUCUGCCAUGAAUUUAUCCAGUUCUUUUUCAAAGGCACCAAAGAUCAUGGCCACCGCUGUCUCCUGUGGGAGUGAGUUCCAUAGAUUAACGGUGCUGCAUGAAGAAGUCCUUCCUGUUGUCUGUCCUGAAUCUUCCUUCCUUCGGCUUCGUUAGAUGUCCAGGAGUUCUCGUGUUAUGAGAGACACAGAACCGCCCUGAGACCUGAGGGUAGAGGGCACUAUAUAAAUUCAGUAAAUAAUAAAUAGAAACGUUUAUUUAUCCACUUUUCCCAUGCCAUGCCUAAUUUUAUAAACUUACACUUAUAGAAGUGUAGAGUUGGAAGGGGCCUGAGGGUCAUCUAGUCCAACCCCCUGGAAUGCAGGAAUUCCCCCCCCCCCCGCUUAAAAGCCUCCAGUGAAGGAGCAUCCACCGUGAGGGAGGGAUCCGUUCCACUGACAAAUGGCUCUUCCUGGUGUUUAGUCAGAAAUUCCUUUCUUGUGAUUUGAAUCUGCUGGUUCGAGACUGGCCCUCCGGAGCUGCGGAAAACAAGCUUGAAGUGUGUGUAGAAACCAGCCUAUGGUACAAAAGCAAGAUUUACAUUUGUUCCUCCUCCCACGUUUUGCACCUGGACCUUCCCUCGCACCAGAGGUUGCCCCUUGGGUUGAAGAGGGGAUUGCACUGAUUGGCCAGUGCCUGUGAAGUGGCCUCCUAUGCCACCUCCCACAUCAGCAGCAUUUCAAAAACAUUUGCAAACUUUUUUUUUUGGUGAGGAGGUUACUAGACGAAAGAAAGGUUGGGAACCUUUGGUCUAAGAAAGCAGGUGGUUUGUGCCAUCCGUGUUUCCUUCUCCGUAGGCCCCUGGAGAGAGUGAAUACUCAGAUCCCUUUGACGCCCACCGGGAGCCUAAAGAAGAGGAGGAGGAGGAGGCCGAGUCUGAGAACAACGGCUACAUGGAACCUUACGAUGCUCAGAAGGUGGUUGUUGGUGAGUCAUUUAAGCUGCAGUGCUGGGGCCCCUUUCCCGGAAGGAAGCCCCCUUGGAACCAGUGGGAGUCAUUCCCAGGGUUGCCAGAGCUUCAGGGCUGACCUGAUGUCUCCAGGUUUGCAGAGGGAGGGUUUAAUUUCCAGGUGGACAAGAGCACCUUUAAGAUGAUGGUGAUGUGCAUGGUGGUCGUGCGAGGAGCUUGCAAGCUUCAGCCCGGCUGCAGACUAUCUGGGGCACCUGCCGUCCUCCGUCCUCCCCCUUCCCCUCCAUUGUGCAAUGCCAGGUCUAUAGGCAACAAAACCGCCACUCUGCGAGAUUUCUUUACCUCGCAGGGGGCCGACCUGGCUUGUGUGACGGAGACCUGGGUACGCGAAGGGGCAACAGUUACCUUACGAGAGAUGGCGCCCCCGGGUUUCUCCGUCCUCCACCAGUCACGGACUGUGGGCCGGGGGAGGGUGGCAUUAUUAAUCCGGGAAGAUUGUCCUUUCAGGGCUCUACCAUCGCCAUCGAUCCCCGGCAUUGAAUGUGUUGGCCUAGUGUGGGGCUCUGAGGUGAGCUUGGCUGUCUGGCUGGUGUACUGGCCACCUAGCGCACCAGCAGCCACCCUGUCAGGCCUGCUGGAGGCAGUGGCUGGCUGGGCCUUGGAGUUCCCUAACCUAUUGGUAUUGGGGGACUUCAACAUCCAUGCUGAUGCCACUCCCUCCUCACAGGCUCUGGACCUGGUGUCUUCCAUGGCAACACUAGGGCUCUCCCAGUUUGUUUCAGGCCCCACACAUCAAGCAGGCCACACGCUGGAUUUGAUCUUUGGCGUAGGUAUAGAUGUGAUCAUGUCUCCUUCAAUUAAGGUGCCAUGGUCUGAUCACUACGCUCUGAAAGCCAGGAUUGACUUUCCACCCCCACCCUGCUUAGGUGGCGAGCCGAUUUGGGCUCGCCCGCAGAGGCUGAUGGACCCUGAUAGAUUCCGUCAAGCCUUGCGGGACCUUGCUCCCCUGGCGACUCAUUGACUGAGCUUGUUGAGGGCUGGAAUACCCAGCUCCUGGCAGCCAUAGAUGAGAUCGCACCUAAGCGCCCUCUGCGACUCCGCAGAAACCGGGCUCCCUGGUUUACCGAGGAGCUUCGGAAAAUGAAGCGGGACCUCAGACGGCUAGAGCGAGUAUGGCGGGGUGCCCGUGACGGAGCCUCAAGAACAUCUUAUAGGGUUUUUAUGAAAACCUAUGAGAUGGCGGUGAAGGCCGCUAAGAAGUCUUACUUCUCGGCCUCCAUUGCAUCCGCUAGCUCUCGCCCAGCGCAAUUAUUUAGUAUAAUUAGGUCUUUAACGUCCCUUGAAGGACAGCCAAAUUUAAAUAACAAUCUGACACACAGCUGUGAGGCAUUUGCGAGCUUUUUGCGGAGAAGGUCCUGUUGCUCCGCCAUGACCUCCCUGCCAAUUUGGAUACAAUAAAGGAACUGGAGGCCCCUCGACUGUCCUCGGGUCCAGUAUUGGACCACUUUGAUCGGAUAUCCCCAGCCGAUGUGGACAGACUCCUCCGAGCUGGAAAGCCCACCACCUGUCCUCUCGACCCGUGCCCGCCUUGGCUGAUUAGAGCGUGUCCAGACGAGGUGCGGGCCCCCCUGGGGGAUAUCAUCAAUUUGUCCCUUGGCACCGGGAUAUUUCCAGGGGAAUUGAAGGAGGCAGUGGUGCGCCCGCUCUUAAAGAAAACAUCAUUAGAUCCCUUAGAUCUAUCCAAUUACCGCCCGGUUUCGAAUCUUCCCUUCCUGGGUAAGGUGAUUGAGAGAGCGGUUGCUGAACAGCUUGGUAGGUUUCUGGAUGAAACAUCGGCUCUGGAUCCAUUCCAGUCCGGCUUCCGCGCUGGUCAUGGGACCGAGACGGCUCUGGUCGCCCUAACAGAUGAUCUCCGCAGGCAGCUGGAUCGAGGCGGGUCGGGGCUGCUGAUUCUUCUAGACCUGUCAGCAGCCUUCGACAUGGUCGAUCACGAACUCCUGGACCACCGCCUUGCCGACAUGGGGAUCUAGGGCACAGUCCUUCAAUGGCUGCGCUCGUUUCUCUCUGGUCGGGGACAGAGGGUGGCGCUUGUGGGGGAAUUGUCAUCGCGCCACUCCUUGGUGUGUGGAGUGCCUCAGGGUGCGAUACUCUCCCGAUGCUUUUAACAUCUUUAUGCGCCCCUCGCCCAGCUUGUCCGGAGUUUUGGGCUGGGUUGCCAUCAGUAUGCCGAUGACACCCAACUCUAUCUGUUGAUGGAUGGCCAUCCUGACUCGGCCCCAGACACACUGACCAGAUGUUUGGAAGCUGUGGCUGGAUGGUUACGUGGAAGCCGGUUGAAGUUAAAUCCUUCGAAGACAGAGGUCCUCUGGCUGGGACGGGACGAUAUGGGAUUGGGGGGGCAACUCCCAUCUCCUGCGGGGGUGCAAUUAGUGCCAGCACCGUCCGUUAAGAGUUUGGGUGUAAUCUUCGAUACCUCCCUCUCUAUGGAGGCGCAGAUUACAGCUAUAACAAAGGCGGCAUUUUUUCAUCUCCGCCAAGCUAAGCUGUUGGCCCCUUAUCUCUCUCGCCCUGACCUAGCCACUGUGAUCCACGCGACGGUCACCUCCAGACUGGAUUAUUGUAACUCGCUCUACGUGGGGCUGCCCUUGAGACUGACCCAGAAACUCCAGCGGGUGCAGAAUGCCAUGGCGAGACUCCUUACGGGGUCUUCGCUGCGAGAUCACAUUCAUCCGGUACUAUACCAGCUGCACUGGCUCCCGGUGGAGUACAGGAUCAGGUUUAAGGUGCUGGUUUUAACCUUUAAAGCCCUAUACGGCCUAGGACCCUCGUACCUACGGGACCGCCUCUCCUGGUAUGCCCCACAGAGGAACCUACGGUCUGCAAAUAAAAACAUCCUGAAGGUCCCAGGCCUCAGAGAGGUUAGGCUGGCCUCAACUAGAGCCAGGGCUUUUUUGGCUGUGGCCCCGAUCUGGUGGAACGCUCUGUCACAAGAGACUAGGGCCUGCGGGACUUGACAUCUUUCCGCAGGGCCUGCAAGACAGAGCUGUUCCACCAGGCCUUUGGUCAGGGCCCAGCCUGACUCCCACCUCCGGCAACCUGCACAGAACUUUGCUCAACGGUUGCCAUUAAUUUGAUUUUAAUUAAUUUUUAUAAUGAAAUGUUUUAGAAUGUUGGAUUAUUUGAUUGUUUGAUUAUUUGUUUGUUGUUAGCUGCCCUGAGCCUGGCUUUGGCUGGGGAGGGCGGGAUAUAAAUAAAAUUUAUUAUUAUUAUUAUUAUUAUUAUCUCAAGGGCUUCGUGGUGGGAGGGAGUGCAGAGGAAGAUGAUAGACAGAUAGAUAGAUAGAUAGAUAGAUAAAUUUAUUAUGGUCAGAGACCAGCUUAUAAAACACACUUGGGGGAACAAUCCCAGAAGGAAAGCAAACAUUUAAAACAAUGUACAACAAUAAAUUUGAAAUUUACAAAUGCGAUAAGUGUAUAGACACUUAAAACUUUAAGAUAAGCUACCGCAGAGAGAUGACCCAGAGUCUCCCAUGGAACCGAGUUUGGGGAUUUUUUUAACGAACUAGUUUGGGUCGGGGGAUGGUCUGCACCUACAGAUCUGUACACAGAAUCUGGCAAUAAUCCUGAUCAUAUUUUGAUCUUUGCCUAACAUGGAAAUACCCCUCCCACAAAUUACAUUUUUGGCUUGUUUAGCUGGGAUCAAAAAGAAAUGUAGCUGCGUGGAACAGUUUUAGGGCUGUGUGCGUCCUGACCAAAAAUCAGUGGACCCAUGUUGGUCAUGUGCAUUCAUUUCAGUGGGUCUACUCUGAGCAUGAUGCAGUUGGAAAUAUAGAAUUGUAGAUUUGGAAGGGACUAUGAGGGUCAUCUAGUCCAACCCCCUGAAGCAACGCAGGAAUCUUUUGUCCGGUCUUGCUAUUAUUGGGUUGUAGGCAGUGAUGUUCUACUCAGAGUAAACCCACUGAAGUGAAUGGACCCACAUUAGUCAUGUUCAAUCAUGCAUAUCAACCGAUUUACUCUGAGCAGGACUUGGCUGACUGCCAUUUUAUUGUGGCUGUUUCCAUUUUCGUUGAAUCCUGUGUGUCUCGGCUUCCAGAUUUCCAGCGGAAAAGCGACCGGGAUGAGCAAAGGGUGAAGAAAUCCCGGAUUGGGCUGCAGCUGUACGACACCCCCUAUGAGGAGAAGGAGCCAGAGUCUGACCCGGAGGGCAGGCCCACCAGCAAGCCCCGAGAGAGCCGGCUGCCCCAGGAUGACGAGAGGCCGGCCGAUGAGUAUGACCAGCCGUGGGAGUGGAAGAAGAACCACAUCUCUCGGGCCUUCGCAGGUGAGAGCACACCCUCCAACCUCCCUCACGGGGAAAUAGGGGCAUCCCCCCCACAACUAGCCCUCCUUGACCCCCCCAUUUUUCAUCUCCCUCCUCCGCAAAGCAUUUCCUACCAGAAGAAUGGCGAGAGCCAUUUCACCAACGGGACACAGCGCGCGCACACCCUCCGCCGUCCUGAGGCGGUGCUUCGUCCCGAUUUUAUUUUUAUUCUUUAUAGAUUUACAAAAAGAAAAACACAUACCAAUAAAUACAUUUUAGAAAGAAGCAAGAUUAGACGCUUUAUUAUGGUUUUAUAUAUGUCAGAGGUCGCUCAGAGUGGCUGGGGCAACCCAGUCAGAUGGGUGGGGUACAAAUAAUAAAAUUACUAUUAAAGUCAUACCUCGGGUUAAAGUCGCUUUGGGUUAAAUCUUUUCAGGUUGCGUCCCGCGGCAACCCAGAAGUAACAGAACAGGUUACUUCCGGGUUUCGCCGCUCGCACAUGCACAGAUGCGGCUCAGAAUGACGUCACGCGCAUGCGCAGACGCGGCGAAUCGUGGCCUGCGCACACGCAAACACAGGUUGCAUUCUGCUCAUGAUGAGAAUGGGGCUCUGGAACGGAUCCCGUUUGCAUCCAGAGGUACCACUGUAUUAUUAAAAAAUCAAGGUUCCUUGCACUCCGUUCUGCUCCCCCUUUACUCCUCCUCACCACUCUCCAGCAGCCCCUACGAGCUGCCCAAAGGCGGAAGCUGGUCAUGGAACCAUGUAGGGGGGGCGUGGAGAGGCAACAGGAUGCCCCCCCCGCCUCCCCCAUCACUUGGGGGAAGCACUGGCUCAUCUUCCUCCCCAAAUAGCAGCAGGAAGCAGGGACAGUCUGGGAUCAAAUCAGAAGCCAGGGUGGCUUUUGUAAUUCUGGGUCUGUCCCUGGAAAAUCAGGACCCAUGGAGAGCCUGACUCAAGAGUAUUGCUGAGCAGACCCAAUCCACCUCCAGCAGGUUUCCCUAAGAGAAGGGGAGCCAGAGGGGUGGAAGCAGGGCUGGAUUUACGUGCCAGCUAAACAAGCUCUAGCUUAGCGCCCCACUCUCUUGGGGGGCCCAAAAAAAUUUAAAGGGAAAAAGACUGAAUGUACAUUUCCAAAAUGUAAGAUAAAAAACAAAUGAAAUAAAACCUACAUGCAGCAACAGUGUUUUGUGUUGUGUAGGUUCUUAUGAUGUAAGUCAUAAGCCCCGCCUGCUCCCUCAAAUAUCACUGCUUUGCUCCUUUCUAUAUACAGGGUGCCUACAUUCUGCAUGGACUGGUUGCAGGGCAGCAUGCGCAAAUGGCUUGAGAUACCUAUCAGGUCCAUCAAUGACCAUAUAGCAUAUAUUCAACACAAAAACAGUGACAAUUUGUUGUUGACAAAGGACAGCUGGACAUAUAAAGGGCCCCCUUUACCUUCAGGAGCUGAGGGCCUCAUCAAACCUAAAUCUGGCCCUUGGUGGAAGGGAUGUAAAUGGGGCUCCCUAUAUGCAUAAUUCAACUUCCUGAGAAUCCCAUUUCUCUUCUCUUUUUAAAGGCAAAUUCCUAGCCAUUAUUCUAGAUUUAGGUAGGUAGCCGCCUUGGUCUGAGGCAGUCUAAAUAAAUUGUCCAGUAGCAGCUUGGAGACCAACUAAGUUUGUUCUGGGUAUAAGCUUUCGUGUGCAGGCACACUUCCUUAGCUGGUCUCUAAGGUGCUACUGUACAAUUUUUUAAUUUAUUUUUAGCCAUUAUAAUUAAUAGUAGUUGUCUCCCCAGCUAAGUCCUCCUCAGAGUAGACUCUGACUCCAGGUUUUUGGAGCUCCUCAGCCAAUUUUCCCUGUCUUCUGGAAGCAUCUCUGAGCCAGGAGAUAGGGCCAAACUUUUCUGUUUAAUCCAUUCUUUGAAAUUCCUCCUCGUUCUUUGCCUUCCUUGCUCUUCUAUUGUUGCCACCAGCUUCUCUCAACUCCCAAGACUCCCAUUCCUGGGUCUUCUUUCAGGGACAGAAAUUUUGGGAGAAAAGGGGGAAAUGUGCUUUUUUUUAAAGCACGCUUUACAAAUCAAAUGUCACUUUGUUCCUUUUGGAACAUAAAAGGCAUUCUGUAUAACUGGGCUUAGCUUUUAAAUUAUCACAUUUGGCGUAUAAAAAUACAGAUUAGUCAGUCAAUUAUUACAAAUGUAAUUUGCAUUCUAAAAGCUUUAAAACUUUUGUUAUGAAUGGAGCUCCAAAUUGCUGAACUGUAAGGAACUUCUUUGGCUUUCUUUUUUUUUGCCAGCUUGAGAGGAACAGGUGGGAAAAAACACACCUAAAAACAGGAUACUCCAUCAAUAUUAUAGCUUUAAAAAGAACAUUAUUAUAUAUUUUAAAAAUAUUAUGUAUCCUCCAGUCCUCCACAGUGUCAAGCAGAAAUAAAGCACUUAUUUCAUUAAAAAGAGCUGAGGAAACAUCGGGGGCAAGACUCAGAGAAUGGCUGUUGUGAAGGGAGGGGCUGAGGGGCCAAUUGCCUGUCUCCCCUUGUCUGUCCCUCAUUAGAUCUUUUCUUUUUUAUCAUGUCUGUUUUGUCUCUUUCCUCCCUUCCUCUUUCUCAUCUCUUCUCUCCCUCGCCACUGUGUUUUUCUGCUCCUCAUCCCUCUCCUCCUGCUUUCUUUUCUCCCCUUUCCACCAAAUUUCUCCUCCUGUCUCCAUGAAUUCCUCUGCUCCAUUUUCCCCCUGUUAUUCUGUUCUUCCAUUUCUUCUCAUCUUUCCUUGCCCUCUCUCCUCUUCCCCCUCAUGCUCCUCUCCCCAUAAGUUCUUCCCUCUCCUUCUUUCCUUCUUGCAUUCCUUUCCUCUUCUCCCUUCUCCUGGUCUUCUCUUCUCUCCUUCCCCUUCUCUGUUGCCAUGCUCCUCCUCCUCCUCCCUUUUUAUCCCCUUCCUUUCCUUCUCUCUUCCCAUCAUCUCUCCUCCCUUCGCCUGGCCUUCCUCCCGACCACCUCCCUUCUCUCUCUCUCUCUCUCUCUCUCUCUCUCUCUCUCUCUCCUCUCCUCCAUGAUGCCCUCUCCCAUUGCAGUAGACAUUAAGGAGAAUAAAGUCUUGCCCUGGCCACCUCCGGUAGGACAACUCACGGGCACAGAGGAAUCCCUAGAUCCAGAAGGUGACGUCUUUUUUUAACCUCUUACCCACCUCAGCCUCUCUCCCCUGGGUUGGAAACAUCUUUCCCCCUGCCCUCUACCCAGGCACACCACUCUUGCCUUCUCUGGCUGGCCCUGGUUUUUGACUCCAGCUUAGAGUGGCACUGGGGUUGCUGUCUGUUACAUAGACAGAAGUUUCCACAGGGCAGGCAAAUGUUCAACGGGUGCAGCUUCCCCAGCAGACAAGCUGCACCUGCUGAAUUUCUGCGUUCCACUCAGGUAUGAAAAGGCAUGGAGCCUUCACCUGUGAAAAGGGUGUUGGCAACAGGGACACAGCGCCCCUGGCUGCCUUCUCACAAGGGGACCGAAAAGUCUGCAUGAGAUUUGGCCCCUGGAAAACUCCAGCAUUUGCUUCUCUGGGUCCCUCCAGUGCGUUUAUUGCACAUUCAUGAUGAUUUGUGCUCCGGAUGCUCCCCUCCCCACUCUCAGCCCUGUUUGCGCCUGCAAAGUUUUGGGACAGCCCCACGGCUUUGUCUCCAGUCAGUGCGUCCUGCUGAAAUCCCAUAACUUUUCACACUACAAAUCCUCUGCUUUCUUUCUCUUUUUUUGCCCUGCUUUAGUUGCACUGGGGAAUCAUCAUAGAACAACAACUAACGCAGAAUAAACCCGUCACUCCUGCAGUAUUUCUGGCUUAUUUAUUUUAUAUGAUUGCAUUUCUGACCCACUUUCUUUCCCCCUAGCUCAAAGUGGGGCACAUGGUUCUCUUCCUCAUCAGCGGCGUAGCGUGGGUUGUCAGCACCCGGGGCAAGGCAAGUAAUUUGCGCCCCCUAACCUGCCGCCGCUGCCAGCUUCUUGCUGCUGCCUGGGCUGGUCUGGUGUGGUUCUCUCCCGCGCUCAGCGCUGCGCUGGGCGGCCGCUGCACUGUCCCUCCCCCAGAUAGUCCCUCGCUCUCUCUCCGCACCGCACGCCUGGCACCCACCCCCUCCACAGUGGGCAGCGACCCAGCGGCUCGGAUCGGAUUCGCACAGCCAGCACUGCAGUGAGAGAGAGUGAGUGAGCCAGGUAGGGGCAAGGGCUGCGAGUGCAAGCGCGCCCCCCCCCCAGAUGUUGCGCCCGGUGCAGCCGGCACCCCCUGCACCUCCCACGCUACGCCACUGUUCCUCAUUUAAUCCUCACAGCAACCCUGUGAGGUGGGUUAGGCUGAGAGGCAGGGAUUGGCCCCCAAUGAGCUUAAUGGCUGAGGGGGGAUUUGAACCCUGGUCUCCCCCAGGCCCUAGUCUGACAUUCUAACCACUAGGGCACACUGGCUCCUAUGAGACAAGAACAUGCCACAGAAUACACCUGUCCUCAAACACACCCUAUGGUUCCAGAGGGGGGGAAGCCCAAUGAAUGCCCCCCUCCUCGCUUUUCUGUAUUCUGUGUCUGUUUCCUUGUCUCCCAGGACUUUCCUCUUGUUCUUCCUCUUCUGAUUUGUCUCUCUUCCAUCCCUCUUCCCUGCUGUUCCUGCGCUUGCCACAUUCAUGACAGCUGGUUUGCACAUGGAUGCGUGGCGUGUCCCAUGUGCUACUGCCCCCCCACCUGCAUUUUCCACAUCCUGUCACAAGCCCACCCCAAGAUUAACCUUGUGAAGAAGGUCAGGCUCUGUGUUAAUUCAAAAAAAUAUGACCAAAGGAUUAAAAACAGUGAUAAAUUAGGGUUAUUCUUCUAUUAUAAUUUUUAUUCCGCCUUUUCCUCAGACUGGGACUCAAGGCAGCUUACACAAAAUGACGCAGAUAAAAUGGAAUUGGCACCAUUCCAGGUGCCACACAAUCCCGUUCUGCGUUUGUAAGAGCUCCAUCAUUGGGUGGGGGCAGGGCCUGCCCUUUGGAACUCCCUGCCUAUUGAGAUCAGGCAGGUGCCUUCUAAAAACAAACAUGCCUUCCCAGACGCUUAGAAAGUUGACAUGAUUUUAAUCUGUUUUAGUGCUUUUUAACUUUUGUAUGCUUCAAAGCAGGGUUCUAAAAUUUCCUCGAUCUUAUCGUUUUCUUUUGUGAACUUCAGUGUGUUUUGUUUUUACAGUCAAGCGUGGUUAUCAGUGCUGUGAAAAAAUAAAUAAUACAGUCAUACCUCAGGUUAGACACUUCAGGUUGCGUGUUUUUGGGACGCGCCGAAACCCAGAAGUACCGGAAUGGGUUACUUCUGGGUUUCGGCACUUGCGCAUGUGCAGAAGUGCUAAAUCACGCUUUGCACAUGUGCAGAAGCGCCAAAUUGCAAACCGCACGUGCGCAGAUGCAGCGCUGUGGGUUGCGAACACUGCGGGUUGUGAACGUGCCUCCCGCAUGGAUCAUGUUCACAACCCGGGCAUCGACUGUAAAUGCAAACAGCUAAAUACAUUUAAGAGAUCGUCAUUGAAAAGUAAUUCAACUGGAAUAGAAUUAGAGCAAUAUAAAAGCCCUGAGAUCAGUUAAAAUACAGAAAAUGAAAACAGUGCCGCGCUCUUUGAAGGCCUUUUCUGAACAAAUACUGCACUGACUACAGGGAGGCCUGAAAGGCUUCAGAGCCCAAUGAGAGGAUUACAGCCUAGAUGGCUUUAAAAAAGGAACGGGCAAAUUCUUUGUGCCUCCACUGAAAGCCACAGGAGGGGAGAGUGCCAUUGUGAAGCUGGACUAGAUGGGCCCUGGGCCUGAUCCAGCAGCCUCUUCUGAUGUCAAGUUGGCAUGCUUUUGACCUUGAACUGUCGUCAGGAAAUCAUUCACAUGAAAGAAUCACGGAUAGCACAGGUAUCCUGGCAUUGGUAAGCUAAUAAACAGACUGCAGUGUGAUGAAAAGAAAUCCUGUGUCUGUAUUCAACCACCACAUCGCACUUUCUCCAUAACAUUUGCUUAAUUCCUAUAGAGUCGGAAGGGACAUGAGGGCUGUCUAGCCCAACUUCCUGCAAUGGAGGAAUCUUUUGCCCAAGGUGGGGCACAAACCCACAACCCCUGAGAUCAAGAGACUCAUGCGCUGCUCCAGGCAGUGCAAUGCAUGCAGUGCAAUGCAAGUUGUGAUACUGGACAACAAUUCAAUGCUUAUGUUUUUGCUUUGUGAAAAAUCAAUAAAACAAGUUUGAAGAUUUCUCUGUUUACACCUGGGGGGAUUUUAAUUUUUUUUAAAAACCAUCCAUUGGGCAGCAGCUGAACCCCCCAGUCUAACGGGUCCUUUCCACUCCCCACACAGUGCAGUUUGAGACCCCAGACUGGGAAUGGACGUCCCUCGCCGCUGCCUCUUCCACACACAAAGAACAUUGGCGCCCACACCUGACGGGGAGCUCCAAGUUUGUCCGGUCGCAGAGCCCUGAGCACAGCCUUCCUGCUGCGGAGCGCAUUGACCCCUCGCUGCCCUUGGAAAAUCAGGCGUAAGUGAUGGGAGGUGCCAGCAAGCCACGACACCCACGUAAAAAUGCAUUUGUGGGCCAGCACCAAUCUUCCUUCUUUGUGCAAGGAGAGUUGCAGGUAGCAAAGGACUGUGGGAGAUCUGUGGGGCAUUGGAGGGGAGUGCCAGGUGUAAGGGGAAGCAAGGGGGUUGGGCUAGAUGUCCCUUGGGGGCUUCAUCCAACUCUCCACUUCUAUGAUUCUAUGAGUCAUUUAUGCUACAUAAGGGAGAUUUUGGCUGUGUAUACUGCUUUUUUGUUUAAUUUUUAGUUAUUGCAAAUAUUUAAAUAGUAACAUAUCAAAAACUCAUCGGGAUCCUUCCUGCAGGAUGGGGGGGGUGUACAGGCAAACCCCCCCCCCAUUUAAGUGGGGGUUAUGUUCUGAGGCACGUAUAUUUGAAGCACCAUUGGGGAAGCCUGCAAACACCCUGUUCCACCUCACCCCAUUACGACCCUUUUGGUGACGUUUUCGGGUCACUUCCAGGUUUGGUGUGGUCUGCAUGUGUGCAGUCAUGCAUGUAUUAAAUGCGCAUAGAUGGGGGAUUGCCAUACACACAUACGCAUGUGUGUAUGUAUGCAUGCAAGUAAGUAAGUGUAAUACUGCUAUGCAAAAAAGAUAGAGUGAUUUACAAUCAUUGUGCCUCAUAUUAUGCAAUGAAAACCAUGCAGAAAUGUUAAAACCAGAAAUUAACAAACUGUGAUGGAUAGAUGCAUUCCUAAGUAGACCUGGUGGAACAGAAACGUUUUCAGCAGGUAUUUAAAAGCUGAGAUGGAAGAUGCCUGCUGAAUCUCUAGUGGCAGUGAGUUCCAGAGGACUGAGCCAAUGAGAAUAAAGACUCCGUUCAUUGUGUUGUCAGUUGAGCCUUGCCAAUUGAACGGGAACAGCCAACAGUGCUCCUGCAGAUGAACUCAUGAUCACAGAAUCAGAGAACUGUAGAGUUGGAAGGGACCCCAAUGACCAUCUAGCCCAACCCCCAGCAGUGCAGGAAUAUUUUGCCCAAUGUGGGGCUCAAACCCACGACCCUGCUCAUGCUCUACUGAUUGAGGUACCCUUGACCUAAGUUGUUCAGGUCGAAGGUAGUUCACUCAGCGGUGGGUGGUCCUGAGGUGGUCUUCAUCUAACUCCUCCCCCCCCCAGAAAUCAUCCCAUGGGGGGUCAGCACUCUGGUUUCUUGGCUUCAAGGGGAGUCUGACUCCAUGCAUAUGCAUGGAAAACACUUGGCUCCCUCCAAAAAAUCCUAGAAACGGGGGCUUGUUAAAGGGGCUGGGAAUUACAGCUCCUGGGAGAGGUAAAUUCCUGUUCCCAGUAUCUCUCUCCCACCCCCCCCAUAACUCGUAAACAUCCAGUGAAGCUGCACGUGGGCAGAUUCAGGACAAAGGAAAGUCCUUCAUGCCAUGGGGGCCACCAACCUAAAUCAAGGUUACCAGACAUCCCCGUUUCCCAGGGACAGUCCCCAGAUUUACAAAUCAGCAGCAGUCUACCUUAGAACGUUAGGUAAUAGGUAAAGCUCCCUGUUCAGCAGCAGUCUACCUUAGAAUGUUAGUUGCCAGAGAACAAAAAAUAAAAAAAUGGUGGAGAUUCCUGCAUUGCAGUGAGGGGGGUUGGACUAUGACCCUUGGGGUAAGGUUACCAGACGUCCCCGUUUCCCAGGGACAGUCCCCGGAUUUACAAAUCAGUCCCCUGACAAAAUCCAUCUAUUUAGUAGGAAGUUGAAAAGUGUCCCCGAAUUCAUUGAGAAAAAUCUGGUAACCUUAACCUAAAUGGCUUCAAAAGAAGUUUGUGGAGAAGGGGGCUCUCCAUGGCUGGAGGGGACAAUGGGUCUGCUCUUCCUCCGCAGGCAGAGGCAGCAAUGGGGCUGCGCUCCAGGGAGGGAGAGUUGGGGGCAUCUGGCCAUGGGGAGAGCAGGAGGCUGGCUUGAUCCAGGAGGGCUUGUUCCACCUUGUGAGUCAGAAGAUUGCCUCAGACUGAAUCCUCCUCAGAGCAGACCCAUCGGAAUUCAUGGACCCAAGUAUGUUAUCCCAGCAGGAUUACUGUCAGAGACAAGGCACAGAGCAGGAUGCUUUGAAUAAUCAGAGUGCAAAUCUACAUAUGUGGAGGGGAUUAUCCCAUAGGCCUGGUGGUGGGAGGUCUUUUGCUUUGCUGCUGUUGUUCAGCAAUGCAGUCGGACCAAGGGACACCCCUGUGCCUUGCAAAGAUUAUGCAAAGCGAUGCCCAGUGGCUUGAUUUGCAUAAUUCAUGCUGCUUCAUUUGACCCAAGCCUGUUUGAUAAAACAAGCUUUCCCAAAAGGAAAAUGCCCCAGCAAAAUCAAGGCACCGCAAAACUAGCUUUGAAGAUCAAGGUUGUGUUACGUAAAAGAAGUCCCUGUCUCCCUUGCGCACAAUUUCCGUCAGCGUCUGAAUGGGACAUUAUUAUCCUCUGAGUGCUAUUGACUAAUCAUAAAGAAUUAUCAUCAUUGCAUUUCUUGUCAUGUUUCUUAGAUAUUGUUGAUGUUUUAAUUUAUUUUUGUCUGGGUAAUUUUUCUUGUUAGCCGCUAUUGACCAAAUUAUUGAAAAUGUACUGCUCCAGUAAAUUGUCCUCCUACAGCCAUGGGGAAACGGAAGGUGGGGCUGAAACCUCCAAUCCCCCCCCCCAUGUGCCUUAAUUAGGGGCACAAAGGACCAGUGCAUCUGGCCAGGAGGUUGGUGGUUUGAGCCCACCCGGGGGUGGUUGUGGGCGGGGUUCCUGUAUUGCAGGGGGUUGGACUAGAUGACCCUUGGGGUACCUUCCAACUCUGCAAUUCUAUGAUUCUGUUAGGAGUCUCGUGUCUGUAAACUCCACUAGAAAUUACCUGGACGCCCUUCUUUCAUUUUGCUAACUGUCCAUAGAGUGACGCUUCUCUUGCAAUCUCACCUAGAGAGAGAUGCUUGUAGAGCAGGGUUCAGCAAACUUUUUCAGCAGGGGGGCGGUCCACUGUCCCUCAGACCAUGUGGGGGGCUGGAUUAUAUUUUGAAAAAUAAAAAAAUGAACAAAUUCCUAUGCCCCACAAAUAACCCAGAGAUGCAUUUUAAAUAAAAGGACACAUUCAUGUAAAAACACGCUGAUUCCUGGACCAUCCACGGGCUGGAUUUAGAAGGCGAUUGGUCCGGAUCCGGUCCCCAGGCCUUAGUUUGCCUACCCAUGUUAUAGAGUAAGAACACAAUCACACUGUUUAUUGUAGGAAGUGCCCAACUUGGAUAAAAAAAGGAUUCUAGUUUUAAGCUAACUGUGCCAGAGAAGAACAAGGCAGUCAGGCUGCUGGCUGCUUUGUCCUCAGAGGAGAGAAUCAAGGCGACCUCUCAUCUUAGAAUCAUAGAGUUGGACGGGACCCUAAGGGUCAUCCAGUCCAGCCCCUGCACUGGCUUUCUCCUCCUCCAUGACUUGGUCCAAUCCUCAUUUAGAGCUGCCCAAGGUGGUGCCCAUCUGCCUCCUUCGGGGUGGAGGUCCAUCAUUAAACAAUAUGCUGCAUGAAGAAGGACUUUCCUGUCUCUGACCUGAAUCUUCCACCAUCCCAUUUCACUGCAUGUCUGCAAGUUCUUGCAUUAGGUGGGGGGGGGGGAAGGGUUUCUCAUACACCUGAGAGAGAAGUGUGAGGAGGAGGGAGCUGGAAAGAGGAUGCAACUCGAGAGUAUCAGUCCAAGCAUUAAAGGACAGGGAGGUCGGCACAGAAUCCAGCAGCCAGGCUGCUCUCCAGGGCAAGAUGGAAGGAGCAUCGAGUGUCAGGCUGCACUGCUGGUCAUUAGUUUCUAGGCAGGCCCAAUUCAAAGAGCUGGUUUGGACCUAUGAAGCAUCAAGGACCACCUCUCCCCAUAUGAGCCUACCCAGACCCAGUGGCAGACUUUGGGCUCUCAAGUUCCAGCGUUGUCCUGUGUGACACUAAAAUGUGCCCCCCCCCUCCUCAUGCCCUAUUCUACAGCAUUGUUGCAGCACCCAGUGUGGCUGAUCUAGUCGCGCUACUCUAAAACUGCCUCUGCUGGACCCUGGAUCAUCCUCUGGUCAUCCUUUGUGUGCCUCCUCCAUGAGAGGUCAAGAGGGUGGCAACACAAGAAAGAGGGCCUUUUCUGCAGUGGCUCCCUGCUUGUGGGAUGCUCUCCCCAUGGAGGCUUGCCUGGGGCCUUCAUUACCUAUCUUUAGGUGCUAGGCAAAAACGUUCCUCUUCAGCCAGGCCUUGGGCUGAUUAACAGCUCAUAUCUUUUUAAACCUGUUUGUGGGGGGAGAGGGAAUUAUGCGUUGGGGUGGGGUGGGUUAUGUAUUUUGUGUUUUCAUCUUGUAUUUUUAUGCUGUGAACUGCCCCGAGACAGUGGAUAAAGGGUGGUAUACAAGUUUAAUAAAAUAAUAAAUAAUGAGGUGGAUGCAGUCUUGGGGUGGUGGGGUGGUACCCCAUUUCCCCAAACAGACCGUCUGCCGCUGGCUGGAGCCACUGACCUCCAAGGUCCCCCCCAAUGGAGGAAUCAGGGCCUGCCCAAGAUAUUUUGGCGAGGAUGCUCCCUGCGCCAGGGAAGACGGGGUGAAUGAAGAUCUCCGUCAGAAACAUGGGGGAAUCAGGUCAACCUUACCUGAUAGUUAAAGUGUGAAUCAAAGGCCGUGGGAGUGGAGACCCCAGGGGGCAGCUAUCACCUACCUAAAGAUGAGAGGAGACCAACAGUGGCUCUUAUCUGCCUGGAGAUCACUGUGGGGGUGUUGCUGAGAAGGAUCCAGCCCCCAAUGGUCCCCCUGCAGUAGCAGCAGCAGCAAGCAAUGCAUUUGUUGGAGGCUGGCUGCGCUGCCCCUGGGAGUCCUGCCGCCCAAGGCGGUCGCCUCACGUUGCCACACGGGUGAGCUGUGUGGAUGCUAAGAGAAGCAAAGGUAGAGGAAGGGGGGUCUGGGCAAAGAGAUGAGGAUUUGCAAGCCGUGACCCUGCUGGGCUCCCCCCCCCAGGUGGUUUCACGGCACCAUCAGCCGAGCCGACGCAGAAUCCCUCCUGACCCUCUGCAAGGAAGGCAGCUACCUGGUCCGGAACAGCGAGACCAGCCGCAACGACUACUCUCUCUCGCUCAGGUAAGCAGCAUCUUCUUCCCUGUCUGCACUUUCCAAACCGGGAUCUUAAGGAAUAUUCCAGGAGUUGGGCAUGUUGACUUUUCCAGCUUUCAAAUUCCAAAAACGAGGUUUGCAAAAAAAAGUUGCAACACAACUUGGGGAUCUGAAAUAUAUGCUGGCUAAAUUGAUAUAAUUUAGCUUUGCUUGGUAAGAGGUAUUUAAAAUCACAUCAAAAUCCUUAAAGAAUGACUGCCAAGUACUUGCAGGUACAUUAUAUAUUAAUAUUAUUUUUCUUGUGAUGAUGAUUUAGCAUUUCCUGACAUUUGCAGAAGGCACAAUGGAGAUACUUUGGUUUUUCAAAAGCAGUUUAUGCACUUUUUCAUCAAACAUAGACUUAACAAGCUAAAUGUUGUCUGAUUAAAAAAAAAAAGAAAAUUGGAGUUUUGCCUCCUAAAAUGGAAGGAUGUGCAAACAAAGCAACUAAAACUUCCUGAACAUUAAAAGCUGCGAUAAACUAGAAACAUACAAGCUAUUGGUUUUACAAAAAUUAUAUGCCGUUUGAUCUAAAUAAUAAUAAUAAUAAUAAACCUUGAAGCGGUUUGCAAAAAGACUAAAGCAACGAAUCUAUUUUCUGCUGCCUGAGUGCUGGAAGAAAGGCCUGCUCUCUGCUGCCAGGCCAAUUUCCACCUGGCCUGGGGGGCCCAGACUCCCCCUGGACAGCUCAGAGGGGCUCCUGGGAGGCCACUGGGACGUGGCUGGAGCAGCGUUUGGGUUGGGGCAACUGGCUAAAAUGUUGUAAAAUGUUUUAGACAGUUCUGAUUCUGAUUCCUCUGUUUCAUUUUUGUUGGGCUGGUGUUGGUUAAAUGUUUACUUGGGGGUGGCGAUUACCUUAAUAUGGGUAUAACUGCAAACUGUUGUUGUUGUUGUUGGUUUAAAUGAUUUAUUGGUUUGUUUGUUGCUUGUAAAGGAUAUCUUGUUUUUAAAUGUUUGAUGUUUUGUUGUGUUUUAUAUGUUGUAAGCUGUGCAGAGUGGCUGGGGAAACCCAGCCAGAUGGGAUAUAAAUACUAUUAUUAUUAUUAUUAUUAUUAUUUAUUAUAUUAAACAGCAGACAUUUAAUCCCUGAAAUUCAUAUACCAAAACCACAGGCACUGUCUGUCCCAGAGGCGACACUUUUACAUCCGCCAGUGAUCUUGGGACACGCAAGGUGAAGAGGGCAAAAAGGGGCUGCCCUGCUAUUAUGGGAUGCUCUGGAGGCACCCAGCAGAGUGCGAGGGAGCCUUUUUCCUCCCCUCUCCUGGCACCGGGAUAAAUAUUUGAUAGCCAGCCCUGCUGUUCAGAGAGCAAAGAACAUCUGUCCCUCUGAUCUGUGCAUGAACACGAUGAAGCAUUCAUCGCUUGGGGCCUCCACGUGCGAUCGCAUGGGCUCGGCGUGCGCCAAGAGGGAGCGCACCAGCCUGGCUCUUCCAUGCGUGUGGCGUUGGUUGAUACUGAAGAGGCCACCCCUUCUCUUAAGAUCCAUGUUCUUUAAGUGCUUUUUGGAUGCUUGCUUUUUAAAUUGAUGAGCAGUGUAGUGGUUAGAGGGAGGCCCUGGGAGAGGCCAGGGUACAAAUCUCCACUUGGCCACGACGCUGGCCAAGCGACUUUGGGGGCCAGUCGCUGUUUUCUCUCAAGGGUCGUUGUGGAGAUGAAAUGAGGCACCCGACCUUGAGCACCUUGGAGGAAGAGGAAGGGAUAUACAAAUGCAAAAAUAGUAAGUAAACGAGAAGGUUGAAAUCUCGGCGCAUCCCUAAAGCUGGGCUUCAUUCUGGGCAGACCCAGGACCCUGCUCAGCCCCUCUGCCAGGCUUCCCACCCCCUUCCUCUGACGUGAUUAUGCAGCGUCUUAAUCCAUCAGGAUUUAUCCCUUGUCUGCAACGGAAGGGAAAGAGGAAAAGCAAAGUGACAGAUGAGUUAUAAUCUGCGGCAAAAAGUCAGAGCUUGCGUUCCAGGCUUCCCCGACCCCCUUCUCCUCCCGAGUCCUUUGGCGCUUUGAUCACACCCAGCCAUGUCAACUGCGGUGGACGUGGCCUUUCAUCUCCUUCCCUGCUCUGUCAAACCCGUAACAUUAAAACGGCCUCUCUCCCUCCAGCACCAAUUCCCUCCCCACCUCAUGAUCUGUGGACGGCUUGCUGCAGAAAUGUUAUUUGCCAUGUUCCUGAAAUUCACUUUCAGACUCUUGCAGUCUGCUCUUUUCCACCAUCACCCUCUGCCUUCUCUUAGGGAACAUUCACUUCCUCCAGUUUUGUCUUUUGCGGCCCAAGACUUGAGACCUGGGAUCUCUUUUAUGGGAAGGUCUGUUGAGCAGGUGCUUUUUAUGUAAAGGAGUUCAAUCCUGACAUCUCUUAGUAGGGCAGGAUAAAAUCCCAGCGAGCCUUUGCCUGUCAGUGGCUACCCUCCAAUAUUUCUCAGAUGAAAAUAGGGACAAUCCUAUUCUACACCAGGAAGCUUCUCCUGUGUUUCAUCUCGCCACGCGCAUAGACGUCAUAUGCAUGCAUACAUCGGUCACCUUGAGCCAAGGGCAGCCUCUCUGCUGAACCAACCUUGCAGGGUUGUUGUAAAGGAAAAAUGUGUGAGGGAAGGGAUUGUGUACAACAGCUUCUACAGAUAAAUGGAAUUAAAUAAAAUUUUAGUGGUAAGCUGACUUGAGUCCCUGUCAGGGAAAAAGUUAGGAUAAGAAUAGAACAGAACAGAACAGAACAGAACAGAACAGAACAGAACAGAAUAGAAUAGAAUAGAAUAGAAUAUAUCCUUUUGAACUUGGUGCAAAUUUAAGAAUUUAAAGUGGUUUGGUGACAUUUUCCUUCAGAAUUAUAGGAAAGGCCUUGUGUACCAACUUCACCAUUUCUUUUAUUUGGUGUAGGUGCCUUAUUUUCCGUGUAAACAGGACUCUUGUUUCUGCACACACAAAACACUUUCAAUUGUUCUCCAAGAUGUGGAGGGGAGGAAAAAUGAAAAGCGGGACAUUCUGGGAUCAAAUCAGAAACUGGGAUGGCUCCUGUAGUUCCAGGACUGUCUCUGGAAAAUCAGGACCCCUGGAGGGUAUUUUCAGGUAGACAUGGGGGGGGGGGGAGGAGUGGUCUGAGCAAAGCAGCUUCCUAUGGGAAUGAAAGCAGGAUAGCUCUGGAAACAACUUGGCUGUGUUUUCUUUCUUAGCUUCCAAAGCCAUGAGGAUUAAACCCAAGAUCCUCAGCUGCUGGGCGCUGUGAGUGUGGGGUGCAGACUCUGACCCCUGUCUCUCUCUCUCUCUCUCUCUCUCUCUCUCUCUCUGGCAGGAGCAGCCAAGGCUUCAUGCACAUGAAAUUCACCCGGACGAAGGAGAACAAGUAUGUCUUGGGCCAGAACAGCGCCCCCUUCGACAGCGUCCCCGAAGUCAUCCAUUUCUACACGGCUCAAGAGCUGCCUGUCAAAGGUGCUGAGCACCUCUCCUUGCUGUAUCCAGUUGCCGUUCAGACUCUGUGAAAAGGACUCUGGCCGCUGGCUGCUGCGGGAGCAAAGGGGCUGCUCUUUUAUUCUUUCUUUUUCAUUUGAUCCAAAGAGACUUGGCAUGUUGAAUGUCUGGAGUGCAGAACAUCGGGAAGAGAGGGACCCCCUUCGAGCCCUCCUGCUCCUAAGCAAGAACAAUGGACAGUCUGCCGCCCGGCCACCUGCCCUCCUUCCACAACCGGGACGUCUCCAGCAGUGGGGAAGGGUGUCCUGGGGUGACCUGCCCUUCCCCACACUUGCUGGGUACCCUCUGGCCUUGCUUAUCUCUGUCUCAAUUUGCUGGGUUCUGAGCCAGGAGGCCCCGUUUUGAGGCUGCCCCCAGAGCCUGCUCUCCGUUUUGUUUCCCAUUUCCGCCUCACAGCAAAGUCCGCCCUGCUGAGCCUGCCUUCAUGGGGAGGGGAGAAUGAGCCUUCCGAGAUCUCAGAAUGUAUCUUGCUUUCCAGAGGCUCCCCGCUGUAGACUCACACAAUUGUAGAGCUGGACCCCUGCAACACGGGAACGGCAGCUCAUGUUUUUCUGAAUUACUCAAAGCAGCCAGAAUUUUUUUUUUGGGGGGGGGGUUCCUGCACCCAGGGCUUGUUAUUUGCCUCCACCUGGCAGCAGGCUCAGACUCCUGCAAUAUUUCCAAUUUGUACGAUUGUCCCACCCAAAAAGCAAUGCCCUCUUACCCUGUAACGUUUAGUGUGGCCAGUUGUUGUUGGCACUCCCAGUGCAUCACAUGGAUUGAUUGAUUGAUUUGGGAAGGACAUCAGAAGCUGUCUCAUUUAGCCCCCAGCAAGGCAGGAAAUGGGUGGCUGCAGCAACCCUGGCAGGUCGGCCUCUGCUUCAAAACCUUUUUGAGAAGGAGCCUCUUUCUGUCCUGUUAGUUCAGGAUCUCCCUCAAGGACCAGAGUCGCUCCAUCCUCUCUCUGCAACAAGCUCUUUCAGCAAAAGCAAAACACAGAGUCUGGUGGCACCUUAGGCGGCUGACAAAUUUAUCAUGGCACAAAGCUUUCUCUUUGUCAGAUGCAUUAAGGGGAAUCUUACUUGGCAGGCAGAUAAAGGCGGAAAUUCAAUUCAAUUCAAUAUAAGUUUAUUGUUCUUGCCAAAGGCCAUGACAAACCCACAGCAAGAGUACCAAUAAAAGAACACGGAUCAUGCACCCAUAAUUUAAGAGACAGGUUACCAGAGACACCAACAAACUCAAAUCCAGCUUGUGUUCAAAUUAAACCUCUGAAUCACCAUAAUUUAUAGCCUUUACAUCUCCUUUUCCUGACCCAACCCCCCACAGUCUGUACAUAGAGGGGCGGUCUCUGUGUUAUGAGGCCAGUAUUGUCACUCAAAAGAAACCAGACCAUUUCUGCCUAGGUGUGUCUGCUUGCUUUUGUGAAGAAAGGUUUCAGAAAGUCAUGUUCAUCAUCAGACCUUUUAUUGGCAUCACAUCCAAACAUCCAAAAUGAAUCACUACAGAAUUACCACUUCCCCAGUGGCACAAAACAUUUGCUAAAAGAAAGGAGGCAGAGCAGUCUAUUGUCACAUCUCCAGGUCUCCAGGGAGAUCAGGCGUCUGCAGAGUAUUUCAAGGACAAAAAAACAAAUAGAGAUAUUUAGCCACUAAAUUUGGUGAGCUCCUGAUCAUUCCCCAGUAAUAGAAAAUGUAUGACUUCCAACUCUGGUUUCCAUUUGGGGAUGCAGAGUUGAUCUAGAAAUUGCUGACGGAGAUCAGCAUAUAGUUUACAAUUGAGAACCAUGUGUGUGAGGGUUUCCACCAGGUGGUCUUCACAUGGGCAAGUUCUUUCUCCUUCCACCUUGCCUGAGAACCUUCCCCAAAGGAGGUUGGAUGCAUUUGAAUUAAACCUGGCCAGCGAAAAUGCCCUUCUUUCUUGAAAAUGCCCUUUUUUCUUUCUCUACAGAAAGUGAUCUCUUGGGUCUCUAUAUAAGGGGCAGGCUAGCAGAUGGGGAGUGAUGCCUUCCACCUGAGGCUGACUGCAAACACAGGGUCUGUCUGUUUAUGGGACCUGUUGUAGCAGCCAUCCCAGACUGCAGUGGUCAUCAUUUGGAAAUUUUCAAGGAAGCUGGCAAGAGUUUGAUGACAUAACCAGCUCUAAAAUGCUCUGUUCUCAAGGUGUGUGUGUGUGUGUGUGUGUGUGUGUGUGUUUCUAAUUCCUUGUGAGUUGGGCAAGGAAACAUCCCCAAGAAACAGUCACUGAUAGCACAGGUAGUGUGGCAUUGGUAAGAUAAUGAACACCAUUUGCUAAUUAACACAAAAUACUAAUCAACAUUUUUAUUUAACUCAAAGUCAUGGCAUGCUAUAUGGUUCCUUUGAUGUUCCUUUGUUCUAUAUAAUGGGCAACCUUGAGGGCAGUUGCAGAGUCCUCUCUGCUUGAUGGAUCUUGCCAGUUCUUUUUGUGCUGGCAGUACCAACUUUUCCCCUAGAGUAAAAGAACUGGCUGUUGCCAUUCCUGCUGCUAGAUCAGGGCUCAUUUGCUCUUUUGCAUCGGGACUGACCCACCUUCCCCACGGAGAAGGCAGAAGGGCAUCUGACAAAGUGGGCUUGACUCCAUGAAAGCUUGCGCCAUGAUGCAUUUGUUAGCCGUCCAGGUGCCACAAGACCCUUUGAUCGCUUUUGCUUCAAAUAGAGUAAGAUGGUGAUUGGAUUGCCUCGUAAUUGUUGCUACUCCAGGAUAAUGGAGCAGGAAAGAGAAGGAAGCUUUCAAUGCACUGAAGGGUGUGUGUGACGCCUUUCCUCUUCCUCAUGGUGCAGGGGAGAUGUGGGGGCUGCUGCUUUGGACGUUGGGCAUGCAGGCAGCACAAGAGCUAUUUGUGGCCCAGGACUGAGGCUUCUCCCGUCCCAGCCUGGGGCGUUUGUCGUCUCCCUCCCUUCCAAGCUAUUUUUGCCAUCUUUAUUCCAUGUUUCCUUGGGCAUCUCGUGUGGGAGGGGGCCUGUUCCCUCUGUUUGUCCUGUGUUCUGGUGCAAUAUAUUUCCUCCCUUCCUCUUCACCACGAUGGUGUUGCCUUUGCAUUAAACUCCUCCACCCAC